UGCUCCAAGCAAGAGAAAAUGAGGAGAAAGAUAAGAAACUUCAAACAUGAGACAGUUAAAGACAAUAAAACAGUCACAGAAGUAAGUAACCAGGAAUGUGAAAAAGAUUCUGACUUUUCAACAAAUGAGAGAUUUCAGGCUGAAAAGAAACAGUAUAUCUGUAAUGAGUGUGGGAAAGCCUUUAGUCAGAGUGCAAACCUUACGGUACAUGAGAGAAUCCACACAGGAGAGAAACCCUAUAAGUGUAAGGAGUGUGGAAAAGCCUUCAGUCACAGUUCCAACCUUGUUGUUCAUCGAAGAAUCCACACUGGACUGAAGCCCUACAAAUGCAAUGACUGUGGGAAAUCUUUCAGUGGUAAGUCACACCUCAUUCGACACCAGGGAAUCCACAGUGGGGAGAAAACUUAUGAAUGUAAGGAGUGUGGGAAAGCCUUUAGUAGGAGUUCAGGUCUUAUUUCACAUCACAGAGUUCACACUGGAGAAAAGCCCUACACUUGUAUCGAGUGUGGGAAAGCCUUUAGUCGUAGUUCAAACCUUACUCAACACCAGAGAAUGCACAAAGGAAAAAAAGUUUACAAAUGUAAGGAAUGUGGGAAAACUUGUGGUUCUAAUACAAAGAUUAUAGACCAUCAGAGAAUACACACUGGGGAGAAGUCUUAUGAAUGUGAUGAGUGUGGAAAAGCUUUCAUCCUGAGGAAGAUGCUUAAUGAACAUCAGAGACUUCAUCGUAGAGAGAAACCUUACAAGUGUAAUGAGUGUGGAAAAGCUUUUACUUCUAAUUGAAACCUUAUGGAUCAUCAGAGAGUUCACACUGGAGAGAAACCAUAUAAGUGUAAUGAAUGUGGGAAAACCUUCAGGCAGACUUCUCAAGUUAUUCUACAUUUGCGAACCCACACUAAGGAGAAACCCUAUAAAUGUAGUGAAUGUGGAAAAGCCUAUCGUUACAGCUCACAGCUUAUUCAACACCAGAGAAAACACAAUGAGGAGAAAGAAGCGUCAUGAAUAACAUAUUGUUGGUAGUAAGGUUAAUUGCCACUUUUCUGAAAAGCAAUUUGUUAGUGUAUCAACCUUAAAUCUACUUCUAAGAAUCCAUAUUAAGAAAGUAGUCAGAAGUAGACAAAGAUGAACAAAAGGGAUAUUCAUGCCAACAUCAUAUAUAAUUGAGAAAAGGAAACUAGAUUUUCAACAGUACAGAGUUUAAAUGAAUGAAAGACCAUCCCUAUGAUGGUUUCACAACCAUUAUAAACAUUUUAAAGAAUAUUUAAUGUCAUGGGAAAAUGAUUUGAAUGAAAUGGAAGAUAAAAGAAAGUAAAAACAAUGAAGUAUGAUCCAAAUUUUUAAAAACAGUAUUUAUAUAUAGGAAAAAAAAUUGGAAAGAAAUAAACCAAACCAAAAUGUUAACAGUGAUUAUCUGUGUGUGACAGGAUUGUAGGUGAUUCCUCUUUUCUUUUUACUUUUUUAUGUCUCCUACAUUUUGCACAUGAAUGGUACUACUUUUAUAUUCAGAAGAAAUAUACAGUAUCUUUUCAGUGCAAUGAGCACAUUCUCAUUUUUCCUCAAUAGUGUUAUGAAAGGGGCAUAGAAUAUUGAGUCUAAAGUCUUGGAAUUGCACCCUAAUGCUGACACUCGGUAGCAGUGGAACCAUGGACAAGUCGCUUCCUUUUAAAGCCUGUUUUCUGUUUAAUAAAAUCAUAACAAACACCAAUCCUUUAUCUUUUGUCCUUUUGAGAUAAGCUGACUUUCCAGUUGUCAACAAAAUGUAUAAUCCACAUACUUAAAUCACUGUUGGGUUAAAAGAAUACUGCAAAAAUGUACUGCAUAUUUCUCUUCCACAGUUUUGGAAGGGAUCUACAGAUAAAAGAGAGCAAUCUAGGCUCCAUCUGUUUAAUAUAUGUCUAGAGAACAGGGGAAAAAAAGUGCUCUUAAGAAAUUGAAACAACUGCAGGUUCAAAAACUUUAAAGAAACAUUGUUACCUUAAUAUAAAACUAGUGGAAGAUUCUGCCUUCACGUUAUGUAUCGCUUAGUGGCUAACAGCACAGACUUUGGGUCAGAUCUCAUUUAAUCCUUACAACAUUUAUAUAAGAAAAUUGAGUUUCAGUGAGGUUAGGUGACUAGCUUUUGAGUAGUUGGUGCCAGGAUUUGAAUUUAGAUCUGACUUCAAAGUCCAUGCUUUCUUCAUUGUAACAAAGUACCUCUGCCCACCAUCCACCAUUGGUUGUCAUUGCGAGGCCAGUCAGGGUCCUCUUGGAUAGCAACCUCUAGAAUUAUUUGACCAUGGCUUCAUAAGGAAGAUGCUAUCAGUGUUAUCUGAGUUAGAUUUAUAAUCUAUCUUGCCAGCUUGUAAUUUAGUUUUAAGGUUUAUAUAGUUCUUUCUUACUGUUACUGGAAAGAAAUAGGUGGAGAGUGUGAAGAUUGUAUAUUUAUGUGAAAAGAGAUUGGUUUUGUCCUAUUUUGGUAGGAUAGUAGAUAACAUAAUUUUGUGAUAUAAUAGUCCCUCUUUGCAUGGUUAUUCAAAGCAGGAUUUGGAGGUCUUCAAACAGAUUUGUUGCAUUCAAGGUAUAGGUCUGCUGUAUUGUCUAUCAUCUUGGGGUAGGGACCUCUCCAGGUGUCUGGAGACACCUGGACACAAAGGUAGAGUAAGCCACCUGUGGCAGUAGUAAGCAGCAUUGUGGCAGUAAGGGUGCUUCCAUUAUUUUCUGUUGUCACAUGUCCUUUCAAAAUAAAUGAAGAGGUUUGUGUGUUCCAUGCAUUUUUUCAUGCCAGCCAUUCCCACCUGCGGAUUACCAGUAUGAAAAUUCCCCAUGACCAAUGUCUGGUCCUGCUAAAACUACCUUAAGAAAACAGGCAAUUAGCUGUCUAUGUGGCAUUCAGGAGAUUUUUUUUUUUUUUUUUGAGCUUUUUAUUGAUGUUUCCUGUAGCACUGAGCCCAUAAUCUGUCCAAAACAUUUUCUCAUCACUUUGUCAUAAUGUCUGAAAUUUAUUCCUUCAGAUAGGCUUUUCUUUCUCAUCUUAAAAGAUUUGUGAUAUUCAGGAAUAAAUACCUUCUGAGAAGGGUACCAUGUCCUCUCAAACCCAGAUAUCUGAAUACAUCACAGUUGAAUACAUCUGUGAGCAUCCAGCUCAUUCCAUCCUUCAAGCACUUUCAUGGUACCCUGUGGAAUUCAAGGUCUUUCUCUUUGAAUGUGUUUUCUUCACCUUCUUGUUCUAAUGGAUUGUUCUCUAAAAGCAGUGCUUCCUCUGCAGUCUCACAAUUGUUAGUUUUUGUCUCCUUCAUGUGCCCCUCUCUGUACUGCCAUUCUUUCUCUGUUCAUUAAAAAAAAACCCAGGUCUUUUGAAAUGUACAUCACUAGACUACUAUUAUCCACCCCACCCCACCCCCGUUCUUGUCAUACCCUGGCCUCCUGGGCACUCUCAUUUAAGUUUUUAGUAUACUGAAUAUUCCUGAGGAAUCUGAAGAGGGAAUAUUUUUACCCACAGGCAUGCUGGUUGUGUAGAAUUGCUCUGUGUGUAAUAAAAAUAUAUAUGUCUCUUUUUAGUUGAGAGAAAAAUGUGAACUAAAAUUUCAUUUGGUAUAGCAUUAAUUAAAGGGACAUAUAUAAGACAAAAAAUCCUACAUAGAGAGGAAAAUGUCUCACAGAACUUAGAGAGAUUUUGCCUAGAUGGUGUGUCCUGUGUUAGGUCUUGCUUGAAAAUGAGAAGAUUGAAACCAAAAAGAGGCUUAAGUAGUUGAGUAAUACAGUUGGAUCCAACUCUUAUAAAACUAAAAUUUAAUUUUGGCUUUGUAUUCCCAGUGAUAGACUUCAUUUUUUGAUUUUUUCCAUUCAACAUAAAGAGAAAAGAAUGCACAUAUUGUCAGAUUGUUUUUAGUAACUAUAUUAGUUUUAAUCACCUCUGAUGUUAUAAAAUGAGUCAUAAAUCUGUUUUUGCAGGCAAUAGUGGUAAUUGCUCCAAUAAAUAGCUUUUAUUCUUUACUUAGGUUGUAAAGAACAUCCUUGUUUUCUGUUUCUUUCUUUUUGCUUCCUUUUCUUUGUUCAGAGUGGGAAGAAAACUAUUCAAUCUGCUUUUCUUUAACAGCUAACUUUUUUGGAAUGAAGUGAUUCUGGCUCAUUUCUGAUUCAAACAACAUGAAGCUUGUUACUUUCACAGUUGUAAUUCAUAAAUGAGAGUUUGACAGCCAUUAGAAAUUUCCUCCUGUUAUUUUCUUCAAGGACUUCUACAGCCAGUUGUAGUCUUACCCUGUC